ACGUCAUUUCCAGGCGUGGUGGAGUAAAAUGGAUUCCGAGUUUUGAUGUAUCGGAAAGUGGCCGAGGGACCGAAGUGAAACAGGUGUUUUUCCGUUCGGUUUUUCUUUUUUACGUUGCCCUUUUCCGUUUUCCCCCUUCGGCCCAGGACCCGCGCACCCAUCAGGAAAAUGAGGAGGAGGAGACGGAGCCCGCACUGACCCAUCCGAAGUUUGUUUUCCAAGAAAAAUAAAGUGGGACUCGGGACUUUUCCGGGGGCGCGAGUGAGUUUCCACAGUUUUUCCACCCCCGGCCGCGACUCAGAUGCGAUUCGGCCGAAGGUCCUUCCUUCGUUUUCGCCCUUUUCUCAGGGGGAAGACUACUCGCGAGUUUCCAAUUAUGUGACUUUAUUUCCCUGACAAUUUUUUUCGGUGAUUUUUUUUUUAAAUUCCGCAGUGAAAAUGAACGCGAAAGUGCGAAAAAGGUUCAAAUCCAAAUGUUAAAAACAGUGACAUAAGGAUUAGCGAGAACGUUUUCCCUUGCAAAUUUUGUUUUGCCUUUUUUUUUACUGAAACGAGAAAAGUUGAUGAAGUGUGUCAAUUUUUGAUAUCCGCAGGGUCGAUUUGAUUAGGGUUUCGUCUUCAUUUUUUAUAUAUAUUUAAAAUGUCGUUUCUGAGCAAUUUGAAGAAAGUCCUCCACCUCGGGGGCAACGAGUCGAAGAAGAAGAAAGUCUUCAACAACAUUCAGAUGGAAUGCGACCCCGAGGAGUUCUGGAACAUCAUCGGAGAGCUGGGCGAUGGAGCCUUCGGAAAAGUCUACAAGGCCCAGUCAAAGAGUACCAAUGCCCUUGCUGCUGCGAAAAUGUGCCUUCUGGAAGGUGAAGACGACCUUUCAGAUUUUAUGAUUGAAAUAGACAUCCUGUCUGAAUGCAAGCAUGAAAACAUAGUCCAGCUCUACGAAGCAUUCUUUACCAAUAGUAAACUAUGGAUGUUAAUAGAAUAUUGUGACGGAGGCGCUUUGGACUCAAUUAUGGUCGAGCUUGAAAAACCUCUGACUGAACCACAGAUUGCCUACGUCUGUCAGCAAAUGUGCCAGGGCCUUUCGUUCCUACAUCACAAUAAAGUCAUCCAUCGAGACUUGAAAGCUGGUAAUGUGCUCCUAACGAUGGCGGGUGGAGUCAAACUGGCCGAUUUCGGAGUUUCCGCUAAAAACAAAUCGACACUCCAAAAGCACGACACAUUCAUAGGCACACCAUAUUGGAUGGCACCGGAGGUCGUGCUUUGUGAGACUUUCAGGGACAAUCCCUAUGACUUUAAAGUGGACGUAUGGUCUCUUGGAAUCACGCUUAUAGAAUUCGCUCAAAUGGAGCCUCCAAACCAUGAGAUGUCUCCGAUGAGGGUCCUCCUUAAAAUCCAGAAAUCCGAUCCGCCCAAAUUGGACCAACCAUCGAAAUGGUCCAAAAACUUUAACGAUUUCAUUUCUAAGACACUUGUCAAAGACCCGACACAAAGGCCAAAUGUAGACUAUUUACUUACGCUUCCUUUUAUUAGUGGUGAAUUAGAUUCAAAACCUGUUAGGGAUUUACUUCUUGAGUAUAAGGCUGAAGUAGUUGAAGAAGUUAUCGAUGAUGAAGCUGAUGAGCAGCGCACAUCUCAGCUUCCCCUGGAUCUGGACAAUGGAGAAGAUGAUUCUGCUUCGAUCAAGUCUGAUCCAGAUCUUAAGAUUGAGGAAGCUGUAGACGGAGUUAAACCUGAAGUAGAUAUAGAAAAUAAACCAAAAUUAGACAAUUUGCCUGAUAAAAAAUCCGCCGUUGUACCUGCACCACCACAAAUGGCCAAGAAGAAUGAAGUGUUGGAAAGGAGGAUAUCGCACGACAAAGGACCUGCACCUCCACCGCCAUCUGUUGUUAAAGAGCCGCCUAAAGAAACGACUCCACCACCCGUACCUGUAGUACCAAUCGUACCUCCAGUAAAAGAAAAGGAAAUCAAAGAAGAGAUCAAAGAGGGAGAGCCGACGGAUGUGAAGGAAGAACCCAUUGUGCCACAGUUGAGAAGGCCGUCGAUCGAUUUUAGGCCGACAAACAUCGAAUUUGUAGACAAUAACCAUUCACAGCAGAAUGAAGAGACGGUUUCUUUGGCCAAGGAUAGUCGCAAGCGAUCGCUUUCUGUUGAAAGGAGUUCUGAAGUGAUCAUCCCGACAGAGCGACCUGACCAGGUUAAAGAGAACGUUGAAAGCACGGAUAGGAGUCGAGGGCCAAGACCCGGGGCACGACCCGUUUCCAUGAUGCCAACAACAGAAAUCAAUGGCGGCUGGAAAGAACAUUCACGAGCCAGAAGCUCAUCAGCAAGCAACCGGAAUCGCAGAAGACCUGCACCUCCUCCAUUGUCCGAAGAAGUCAUUACUGCCCUUGCCAAGCCUUCACCUCAUUCUAAAGUUGUUGAUUCAACUGGGGAUAAUAAAAAGGCCACGACUGUUCGUAUUGGAGACGAGGAGCCACCAAGGACGAGGGAUAUGCUCGAGAGCAAUAUAACCGUUGUAACCACAGUCCAUCCACCUGUUCUGCAUGUUCAUCCGAAUGUGCCUAGUCCUGUGCUUCCCGCUUCUCAAAGCCCUGCCGGCAGUCAGGUUGUCAUCGUGUCGAACGAAAACAACAAGACACUCGUCGAUUCCGAGGAGGACGAUGUCGUCGUAGUUAGGUCGAGCCCUGUCGUGGAUGUCAAGGAAGAGGACAAUCAUGAUACGAGUCACAUUUCUGUGAUUACAGUCGGAGAUACAAGCGUAGUCGAUUCCCGCGCCGGUGGCGACAGCUGGAAUUCAUUAUAUGAAGAAGACUCGUUAACGAUCGUCGGCAAUCCAAACCGUGGCACUUCUAUAAUCGUCGAAGGGACACCGACUCCAGAGCCUGAUACCACACCGCAAAAACCGCACAGGCCAAACGGCCAGCCUGCCAUACCUCCAGAACCCGAAGAAGUUUAUAUCAUAGUCAACAAUUCUACAAACAUGCAAAAAAUUGCUGAUGGAGGUGGGGAUAGACACAAGAGAACCAUGUCUCAUGGACGAUCAAGCUCCCAGUCCGAUACAGCAUCAACAACAGGAAAUAGGACGCCUCCUUCUGCUGCAAGCACUAGAACCUUCGAUAGGUCUGAUGCUGAAAGUGUAUCUACAACUAUUAGUCAAGACAGUAGAGAAAGCAAUAAGGAAAACAGACCGAGCAGGUUACACGACGGGGAAGUUGUUCUUAGACCAAAGGCUGAUUAUGAUAGGAAUGAAAAUUCGAGGCACAGUCGAUCAAAAGAGAAGUUGGAGUUAAUGAACCUUAAGAAAAAAACCAGGAAACGGACUAGAAAAUUUGAAAUCGACGGUGUUGUGGUGGUGACGACAACUAACACCGUUAUCUACGGCGAUGAUGAGAAUGGCAAAGGCUUCGACGACCAUGUUUUUAGCUAUUACAGAAAACAAGAACUCCGGGAGUUGAAAAUGCUUCAGAAACAGGAGCAGAAACAAUUCCAAGACAUCGCGUUCAAGAACCACAUGGCAAAAGAACAGCAGGACAAGAAAUUCGAGCAGGAACGGACUGCUUUGACUCGAAGUUAUGAAAGCGAACUUGAAACGCAGUCGAGACAGCAGAGGCAGAUGGUCGAGAAGGCGGAGCAACAGCAAGAAGCCGACCUGCGGCUCACGAGUAAGAAGAUCCGAGCAGAGCAGGAGCGUGAGCUCAAAGAAUUCCGCGAGAGCCAAAAACAAGAGAUGCGCUUGCUUAAACAAGAGGUCGAUCUGAUGCCCAAAGAUAGAAGAAAGAACGCGUUCAAAACCAGAAAGGAAAAACUCGAAGCUGAGCACGAAGAGAAGGAACGGCUUUUCUUGCAAAAAUUAAACGAAAACCAUGAAACUUCUCUUAGGCGGCUAAGUGAUUCUCACAGGGAAAAAAUCGCUUUGAUGGAUCGGCAAUUUCUACAGCAAAAGCAACAGUUAAUGAGAGCCCGCGAAGCAGCGCUCUGGGAAUUGGAAGAAAGGCAAAUCCACGAUAAACACCAACUAGCUAAACGGCAGCUUAAGGACAGCUUUUUCCUUCAGAGGCAUCAAAUGCUUAUAAGGCAUGAUAAAGAGCUAGAACAUAUGAAAAGGCUGAACCAACGCAAGGAAGAGGACCUUAUAAAGAGACAGGCCAUCGAGAAAAGGGCCCAUCCCAAGCGUAUAAAGUCCGAGAUGAAAGCCAGGGAGAUGAUGUUCCGAGAGAGCCUCAGGAUAAACAUGGCUAGCUCACCAGAUGCCGAUCACGAGCGAAAUUUGUUGAAAAAGUUUCAAGAAAACGAGAAGAAGCGAUACAGGUUGGAGACGCAGAGGUUCGACCAAAAACACCAGAGGCAGCUCGAAGAGCUGAGAGCCACUUCGGAAGCGACGAUCAAAGAACUCGAACAGCUCCAAAAUGAAAAAAGGAAAAUGCUCAUGGAGCACGAGACGAUGAAGUUAAAGGACCAGGAAGAAGAGUACAGCAAGGAGUUGCGAGAAUGGAAGGGGUUGCUCAAGCCGAGAAAACAGCGGCUCGAGGAACAGUUUGCGCAGCAGCUUGAGGAGCAAGAGGCGAUAUACGGGCCGACGCACCCGCUCCCGGCCGACCUGGCUGAACCCGUUCAUCACAGGAGCUCGACGCGCAGCAGCCUGUCAUCUGUGUCGGCCGAUUAGAUUUUCGGUUCGAGCAACCGUUAUCGAGUCUGGAACACACGUGAUCUCUUUUUUCCAGUUCAACUCCAACAUCUCCCCUCCUUCGACCUUCCCCCACUCAGCAUUCUAAUGUGCCCCAUUCACUUUCCAAAAGUGACUGAAAGUGUCAUCCCCAAAAUGUGAUGGUGACACUACCUCCCUCUCAAAAGCCAGAAACGCCCCUUGGAGUUUGCGGGGUAUUCCUACACCUGUAGAAAGGUCAUUGUCGUGGUUCCAUUUGUGGGCUUCUUCUAUGCUCCUAAUUCGAUGCUGAGCCUGAUAAGUUGCAAUUGAUGGGUGUGUAUGGGGCUUAAUUCUUGAGCGUGAAGAUUCAGGGAGUUGCACCGGGGAAGACAGUCAAAAUAUAGGACAUCCUAUAACUUUAAAAGAGUCUAUUACGUGGGCUAAGAUACGCGGUGUUGUUAUUGUACUCGACGACAAUUUCUUGAUAACAUUCUUGUGUUGCUUUGGCAAUACCUCUACGGGUACACAUCGUAUAAGAUGGAUCGUCUCUCCGCGAGUCAGGGCAGUCUAACCCGGUGCCUUUCUAUAUGAAUAGGCAAACUCGUCCUCGGAAAUAUACACUAAUGCCAGGAGGUUAGUUAGGAUGGUGGCCUCGGAAUUGCACUUUUGAAGCAUCAGAUUUUCAUACAUGUUAUUCAUUUGUUCUCCAAGGUAGUGUUCGUCACAAACAAUUUUGGUGUUUAUGUAUGCUAUCAAGUCAGUGUUAACUGGAUUAUGUGACUUUAAUGUAAAGAAUUUCAUGCCUUCUCUAACAUAAGUCACAUACAAUCUUGGAUGUUCUGUAGCAAACCCUGGUUGAUUGCUUGAUAGGAUUCUUCAACAUUAGGGAGAAUAUACUUUCACCAGCAACUACACUGAUAAUUUUAUAAUAUAAUAUAUAACCCACCCUGGUGGU